UGGGUGGGAGUGACCAUUGGGUAGUGAAACAGCUGCACAAGGGUGAAGGAGUUGGGGCAGGUAGGGCAGGCCAAUCUGGGCCUCUCUCGGAGUUCUUGUUGUUAGGGAGUGCUGGCAUGAAACCAGCUCUUUCUCCACAAUGCAUCUCAUGCAAAAUGGGGUUAAGCUGAGCUAUUUGCAUGAAAAAAAUUAUAAUGCUUGUUGAAGAAUGUAACCGGGUGGAUCUGGGUCAUUGGCAUACUCUGGUUCCAUAGUGGAUGUCUUGGGAACAGCAGAAAUGAAAGUCAAGUGGGAUGAAGAUCUUGGUGCGAGUCCCACAGUCUAGAAGUGCAAGGGAUUGUUGAGCAAGGAGCCUGUGUUCAGGAAAAAAAGCUCUAGUGAUGUGUGGAAGGCAGAAAUCCUGACUAAUAGUUAACUAAAGAGGGGAUUUAGAGAAGACCUUUUGCAGUUCCAGCAUCCUUUUGUUACCUGCUUUGUCAAAUAGUACUUCUCCAUCAUGCAGAGCUUUAAAUGACCUGUUCAGCACACAGCGGCCAGUGGCUGAUAUCUCACUGAAGGGGAAUGAAGACUGAGUGUGCUUAAGGUUCUUUAACAUAGGUAUUAUCCUGCAAAUAAAGAAUACAGUGCUGUAUCUGCCUAGCAGAAUGAAUAAGGAACUAAAGCCCUUAAAGCACGUGUUUAUUGUAGAAGAGUUUGAUUCUUUGAGCUAGAAGAUAUAACUUGAUGUGUUCAACUGUUGUGAGAUUCCAUGGCGAAGUUUGCAGGGUGGUACAACUUAAUUUGUUUGUUUAUACUGCUGGUUUCUAAAUGUCUGUUCUUGGCUUGUUUGGUAAGUCUUGUAGUAGUUAUUUCCUGCAACUGAACAAAGGAGCAGUGUUGGCUGUUUGAGAGAGUGUUUAGCAGGUAGUCGAGAAAAGGUACUUGCCAGUAACUCAGCUUUGAAAUCCUUGAAUUGAAAAAAAAGUUGUUUUCUCACACAUGCUCUGCUUUUCCCAUGCAUGCUCUGUUGUCUUGCUUUAAAGUCUGCUGUUUAAUGAUUCCAAAUACACAGGAACUUAGGUUCAGUCCUACAUAAAGCAGUCUGUAGGCAGGAGGAGGUUUGCCCACUUCCAGAUCUCUAUGAGGUAUGUGUUAAUGUUGAGUAAGUUCUCACAUUGAACCAGCUGCUUACAUUUUCUGAGCUCUUGUUUCAAAUUCUUGUCCUGCUGAGAUACCGAUGUGACUGCUUUGGUUUUUAAGGUGCUCUUAACAGACAUCUAAGCUGGAAAUGCCAAAUUGAGCUAGUAAUAGCUGAGGUCUCCAUGGUGACCAUGGGAUCUUGAAAACUAAGGAAAUUCUAUUUGACUUCCUAGGGCUCUAGGUUACUCCUAGGCCCUAUGCAUUCAGGCUUACAGUGGCAAAAAGUGUUUCUUCAGGCAGAGUAGAAAACUAUAUAGAAUAUAGAACAUAAACCCCAGGUUUGUAAUUAUAAGAGAGACACUGUGGUAGUGUCAAGUGAAUAAAACAAUAGGCAGCCUUUGAGGAGGUCUACAGAGAUGAAUUACACUUUACAAAUUACUUCAAAAGAAUCUUAUAAAUAGUACUCUGGGCUGCCUCCAUAAAGUGUCAAAAGAAUGAGCUUGCUGUAUGACAGUUACUACACUUGAAGGCAAUAUAAGUUAUUAAUGAGAUAGUGAGAUUGUGCUUUCUGGUGCAUAUACUUGAUAUCUUCUAAUCUACUGAGCUCAAAUUUUCAGUUAUUCACGGAGGCAAAGUCAUUGAAGCACUAUUGAAAUCUGAGGAUGAGGAGGAACAGCUCUGAGCGAAUGUGUCUGUAAAAUAAGCACAUAUGAUGUGUCACAUCUGUCUAAAUGAGUACCAAUACAGCCUGUGGCUUUGGCAGUUGAUUGCUCACUGUAAUUCAACCCUCACAUAAAAAUAAAUUCACUUAUUUAGUGCUGAUGGUCAGAAAGAACAAAUAUACAUUUAUUUGAAAAAGUGGAAAUAAUUUAACUUCAAGAUGGUUUGUUUGACUUUGCAAGGAUAAAUAGACCCAGGAGUACGUGCUGUUGAUUUUGAGUGCUUUAGCACAGUUAUUAUUAGUCAGAGACAAGGACCAGUCCUUAUGCUUCAGUGACAAAGUGUCUGGACAUUGAAUUGAAAUCUGAACUAUUUCUGUAGUGUUCUUUUAGGUAGAAUGGAGUAACAUACCCAGUAUCAAUAAAUUACUGGCCUCCAUUUUUUUGUUUCUGCAUUUUCUUUUGGAGAAAAAAGGGUUUGAUAGUUGAAGGCCAAGUGCUCCUGUCAUUUGAUGCUUUCCCACAGCAUGGAGCCCCUCUGCGGGCUCUGUGGCUUUUGGCUGUCAGAGCUGGGUAGCCAUAUGGGCUGUGGGUAUGCACGUUACAGCAGAAGGCCUCAGCUCCAGCCACAAACAGUGCAAUUUACAGAGAGAGCCUAGGGGAAUGGUUUUUUUACUUGCAUUGUAUAUACAGGCAUGGCUAAACAAUCAGGAUUUUACCCUUCUCGGAAGCAUUACAGGCUUAUAAUUGCUCUGUCAAAGGUAAAGGCAGAAACCUUGAUGGGCAAGGGGAAAGUAACUUUGUGUGUCACAGCAAAUUGAGUUCCUGAAAUGUCAAGUUUGGAUUUGAAAAUUUAAUUUGAAAUACUGACUUGGAAGGCAUAUUCUGACCUACAGCUUGAGUUUGAAGCUUUAUUAAACUUGCAUCCCUCUUGCAUCCUUUCUUUCUCAUGCCCUUUUCCAAUAGUUUCAUAUACUCACUGAGCCUGAUAGAAAUAACAAAUCUGAAAUGCUAUAUUCUGAUGAUACCUGAGAAACUGAGGGAAUGGAUGUUGCACACCAGUAUUAGUAGUGUGAAAAGUCUUAAUUUGAAAAAGUGUAUAUUUUUUCAGGGAAAAAUUACUAAUAUAUUCCAAAUGUUGCAUUAUUAAAAAUAAAAGAAAAAAAAAUUGGCAGCAAUUCAGAAAAAGUUGAAAAUGCUCCAGUUCCCUAGGGAUACAUUUAUCUUUCUGUACUAAGGGUUGUAACUGACCCCAACUUGCAGCGACAUGUAGCUUAAGUUUAUUCCAGCUUCCUAAGCAUUAGUGACACUUGGGCUUGAAGAAGUAAAUUCGUUGUAAAUAGGUUUUUAGAUUGUGGCUUGCUCUCUACUUCUACCUUGUUUAGGGUUUGAUAAAUUUUAAGUUUGGGUAAAAUUAAAACUAAGAUGAACUGUUAAGUGCAUGAUUUUAAGCUACUUGUUUGUUUCUAAUGGCUAAAUUGAGAAAGUGGAAAGAUCUUGCUCAGCAGCUUGCACCUGGAAUGUGAGCAGCCCAUUCUGGUGUGCUGCAAAUAUUAUGCAUUCUUAAAGUUGAAGUAGAUCCAAUCUCAGUUAUGUGCUGUUACUCUGUAUCCUGAAACUCAAAACUAAGCUUUUUCAAUCUUGGUUAUUGGAUUUGGUUCUUCAAUUUGUGCUGCCUCGUUCCCUCCCAUACCCCAGCAUUUUGGGCAUUUUUUCCCCCCAGAUUGCUGCUGUGGGAAGCAUUAAUGAAAUAGUUAGCAGCUGCAUGCUGGUGUACAGCCUGGGACAGCAAAGGAGUCAUUCUUUGGUAGGUGUCUGCCUGCAUAGCAAACCCUCAUUGUUCUACACAUUGCUAGAGUUUGAAUCCCAUCUUUCUAUUCUGUAAAGAGAUAAUCCUAUUUUAUUAAAAUUAAGACUUUGGGAAAAAAUGUGUCCCUCUAGCAGGUUUGGGUUUCAACACUUGGAAUGAAUACCAUAAAAAUAAUUUCCUGUGUCCCGCUACCACUUGCCCUCUGUAAGAAGCAGUUCUUUGUUUGAAGGUUGUCAGGUUACAGGAUAGACACUUGCUUUUCUUUGGUUCCUCCUCAGCUGCCCUUAAUAGGGAACAUCUCUUCCAGUUGCCUGCUGCUAACACUAAAGAGAACCCUUGUUUUUAAGUGUGGGAUGUUUUUAAGUGUGGGAUUAGAUAUUUGGCAACAAAUAUCUAAUUCCAAAUCUUGCAAGAAAUGUUUGUUACCAAGUAACAAACUUUAUUCCAGCAUCACAAAGCACAUCAUCCAUAUUGAGCAAUUCUCAAUAAUGCUGUUUUCUUCUCAGAUUGUCUAUUCUGUGUGAAAAUAGGAGUCUUAUUCGUGUACUGAUGUUUUUGAAUCUUGCAUAAAUACUGCCAUCACAGCACAUGAAGGGCUGGGAUUUAGACAUGCAGCAGUUGUUUGCACACCAGGGAGGAAUCUGCCCUUGCUGUGGGUGUGACAUGCAGUGUGUGCUGGUGCACACAGAAAACACUGUGAAGCUGGAGAUGCUGAUCUUGGUGACUUGUCAUCUUUUUCUUAAGCACAGUUUUCAAAAGACUUGGGGCAUGUUAACUCUACGCAGGAGGACGCUAAUUCAACUAGUGUCAAACUUCUGGCCCCUAAUCUGGAUUCUACUUUGGAGCUAUGUUUGGAAGAGAAUCUCAUCAACAGUUAGUAUAAUUUCAUGUGUGCUUUGUGCUGGAAACCCUUUUGUUUCAUUUCAAGUAAAAUUACAUUGAUCUACUGUUAGUUUAUGACAGCUUUUCAUCAGGAGUGAAACUUUUGAUGCCAGCUUUCAAGAACAGUAUUAGGUACUCUGGUAAAUAUGGUUCCAAAGAUUGUUUGCUGCUUCAGGUGAUCAAAGAGAAUGCAGAGCUCUCCACUGAUUGUUGGGAUUAUGAUGAAUUCCUGGCCCAUCCAACAGUGCAAAAAACUGUUGGAUGAAACAAGUUUUUACAUGUUUUACAGUCUCUUGUGUGCAGAAACAUCUACAAACAAGCUUCCUGAUGGGAUUAACUGCUCUGCUGACCACUCUUCAGUUUUUCCUGCAGUUUUUCCUGAAGUCAGUAGCUUAAGUGGACUCUAGUACAAUAUCUGUCUGCUUGCUGGAGAUGGGGCUGGAAACUGUUUGGGCAGUGUAUUAACAGAAGACCUGGUUGACCUCCAGUGUUCUUCUCCUGAACUUUCAAAGUUUGAAAACAUUCUUAUGUUCAUUAUUUUAAAUUUAAAUGAGUUAGAGAGUGUUAGGAGAGAUUCUGCCUAAGCAGAAGGCAGAAGUUUUAAUCAACUGUGUGUUUUGAUACUUUAGUUGUGUGAAAGCAAAUAAUGAUGUAUAUCAAUUUGCACAGUUGUUUUUUGGGUUGAGCUGCAAACUAGACAUUCCUUUUGAAAGAAAUUCUUUCUGAGGAGUGAAGUCUGCUUGAUGGAGUAGACUUGCAGCCAAACAAAAUUGUCAAACGAGCCCAACUAAUGCCAACACAAUUGUCAAAUGAGCCCAAAAUCUAGUCUGUCUUUCAGCUGAAAAGCUGUGGGAAGGCUAGUAUUAGUUUUGCUUGUUUGCUCCUUAUUUCAGUGCCAGGUACUUCCAAGUUCACUGCAUUUGGAAUUAAAAUAAAUGUUCUGCACAGAACACUAAAUGUUGACUGUUACUAAUUUGUGUUGUAGAAAUGGUCAGUGUGUCUUGCUGGCAGAUGAAGCCUAAGAAUGUUGUUUGGAAUACUUGUACCUUUCAUUUUUUCCGUUCCCUGCAGAAAAAGUUGCUUUAAGAACUGCCUGUUAAAUUGGAAAUUACCUUACUUGCCUUCAGUUAUAAAUAGCAGUAAAAAGGAAGGGGAUUCCCCUGCUGUCAAGCCCCAUUCAUGGCUUUCUAUUUUGGUUAAAGCCAUGUCUUACAAUGAAUGCACUGUGACUUCCAGCCCUCAGCAUGCUGCAACAAAUGUAGUUGCAUUCCAAAAACGAUAUGCUUGAGGUCAUAAGCAGGUACCAUUCUCUGGUACAAGUCCUUUUUGUUUCUUUUUUAGUUAGUGGAGCUAGAGAUGCCACAAUAUGUAUUGAAACAGUGCCCAGGUGCUAAUUUGUGUGCCUCAUGUGUUCCUUUGGGCUCUGUUGAAUCACAAGAAGCUGUUAAUGGUGAAACACUACUGUGCCUGAAAUUUGAAGAAAAAAAAUCUUGUGUAUAUGACAGCUUGAAAGGGCAACCCUUUUGCUUUGUUCAUAUUGCUUUCUCUUAGAGGGCUGUGGUUCUUGUACUGUUGUGGAAGCAAAGCACUGGAAAUAGAUGGCAAAACACCUUAGUCAAGUUUGAUGUGUGCUCUUUCUAAGACUACAUUUAAACAUAGUUUUAAAAAUCAGUUCUAUAAAGUGUUAGUGAAGAUAUACCCUAAUUUGAUACUAGAAGUACUAACUUUCUGAACCAUUUAGCUUUAUAUAUUCUGUAUCUCACUAGCUGAUCAGUUAUCUUAUUAAAAUACAUUUUUGGCCAAAUGCAGGUUGGUAUUGGUGUCCAGUUUACACCUCACCUGCAAGGCACACUUUUUAUAUCUUCAAUUCUGCCAUUAUGUGAAUGUGUUGGGAGGAAGCAUUUGAUAAUUUAGAAUAUGAUCAUAUAAUUGAUACUUGAUCUUGUAAGUAGUGCCACUGGACAACAGGAUUCCUAAUCAAGGGUAUCUGGUGGGUUGUAUGGAAAAACAGCUCCUGUAAAGCAUUGUAAAAAGCUCUGUAUGUGUUAGGUGCAUGGCAGGGCAUAAUUAGUGAUAUUCCAUUAUUUUGUACAUCACUAUAACCUAGUUUUGAAGGGAGAAUGAAGGCAGGCUUAGCCUCUGACUUCAAGUGCUAGUUAAAUUGAUUUGACAUAAGUAGUAGUUUUAUGUCAUUUCCCAAAAGAAGACAACAAAACCGUGGGCGAAGGUAGAAUUUGUUUGAAAAACAUCAUCUGUUAUAGGCUCAUGUCAAUCCUUUUCCAUCCUUUUGCUCACGUCAAACAAACUAAAACCAGAUUUGUCUGGUUCAUCUUCUCUAUGAUUGACACAAGUAGGUUAUGAGUGGUGACUGUACUUUCAGUUGUUGAGAUUAGGAAACAGCUACAGUUGUGGGUUUUUCAGUGCUCUUCAAUACAGGAAGGAAGCUGCUCAACUUCAUCUGCUCUUUGCAAAGCUAUUCUGUUGCAGCCAAGGCUAUUGUUUACAUGUGCCAUGCAUAAAUUGAGUAUUGUGUCCUGUAUGACAGUAAAGACGACUGUGGGAUGUGUGCCUCUUAGUAAGGUAUAGUUGUCUUCACAGAACUUUAACUGUCUCCUGAGACAAGGAUAAUUUUGGGUUAAUUCAGAUAAUCAGAUUUAGAAGUAUUAACCACCAUCAGCUAUUUCUUAUAUUUUUGUUUUUCAAGGAAGCAGCAAAAGACCAGAAUAUUUGUAUCAGUUUGGGAGGAUGUGUGAAAUAUAAUUAAAUUGCUGAACUGCAUGGAAAUGGAAUCAGUUUUGUGUGCUCCAUCUGAGAAGGCUCUGAUGGUUUUUGAGUGACCAGGUUAUUGCUAUUCAGUACCUUGGCAAUGUAUUCUUUCCCUCACUAUGUAACCAUUUGAAAGCUGGGUCUGAGCAGUUUUUACUCAACACUGCAAGGACUUGGACAUGCACAGACUGAAGCAUCUUUUCAUUCAACCCAGAUGUCGUAGAAAAAGAGUCUGAAUUGUGCUCUGUUUACAGUGUGCUGCUAGGAUUUCAGUGCAGAUUGACUACCAGUCCUUACUGAUCCCUGAUCUGCAGUGGGCACUACAUACACAGGAGAGGACAUCUCUGAGUAUUCGUUGUGGAAUUUUGUAGCAUAAUACUACAUUCUGUAUCUCAAAAAUACAGGGAUUGUAAUUUCCCAUUUUGGGAACAGCUAGUUUUGUAAAAAUUCCCCGAGAGUGCAGCAAGUUCACCCAGUGCUACAGCAGUGCUGGCUGUGUUGUGUUCUCCCAAGUUCCCAUCCGGUGGAUUGCUGAAGUCUUACAGUUGCAGUGCUGAGACCUCAGAAUUCAAUCUGGCAUUUGAUGUUUGAGGUGCUUUUUCACUAAUAUCUCUGACCGGUCAGCAAUUCUUAAAUACAGUGAGGUUGCUGGUGGCAACAGGCACAGGAUCAUUCCAGUAAGGACUUUGGGUAAGAUAGAUACUUAACAAUAGAUUAUAGUGUAGGUUUGUUUUGAAUCCCCAGUUAGUUCUGGCAUGGCUUCAGUUUUCUUAAAUAAGAUUAGCAUUUCCCUUAUCUGUAAACUCUUGAGAUGAAAUGAUUUAAAAUAACUUGCACAUGUUUAUUAAGUACUUCUUUCUCCUGAGCCUUAAAACUAAAGGAAAGCUAUUGAUGCACUUUAUUUUCUUUUAACCAAAGGGCAAAAAGCUAACAUUUUCUAUUAAGUUUUGUACAUUGCCCUCAGUAGGUGCAGAAUAGUGAAUUGAAGGGCAGGAGGGCAGGUGCUCGUGCUGGGAAUAUCUGAUGUCUUUUGGAACGUCUGGCUUUACUGCCUGGAAGAGCCACAGCACUGCAGUGAAUGGCAGUGACAGCUGCUGUAGUUUCAAGACCAACAAAUGACUUCAUUUCCUAGAUAAUUAUUUUUUUUUUUGGUGAAAAGUUAAGCACUUGUAAAUUAAUGCUUGCAACCUCUAACAACAUAUUGUAGUGGCAUGUUCAUUACUGAGGUUGGGAGUAAUGGAAGCAGUCAGGACUAGAGGGUAGGCUGUGUAUCUGUAUGCAUAUGUAGGGUUGCUUUUGUGUUUGCAUCACUGGAUAACACUAUCAGCAGCUUCUAAGUCCUGUUUAAAACAUUGCAAUUCUGUUAACUUUGUGAGCAUGUUGAAAGUUUCAAGGGCAAGUAUUAAAGUAAGAAGCAUUUGUUAGACUUGCAUAAUGUGAAUUUUAGUGAUUUGAAAGGGAGAGGAGGUCCAUGAAGAAGCACUUUAGUUGUAGAGUUGUAGAAGAUACAUUUAUUCUCAAAUUAACAUUUUAGAAUCAGUGUUUUAACACUCACAAAGACUAAAAACCCUUUUAGGAUUGCAAUAUUUACUCUACUGGCUCUAGUGUAAUUUCUUUGCUUAGCUUGCUGUGUGAAGUUUAGCCUAAAUAUGUCAAUGCUGAAUUGAUGAGUUGCAUGAGAAUGAAAUGCGGGAUUUUUAGAAAUAUGUAAAACCUGGCAUUUCUUAAAGGUACUCUGUUAUGAUUUGGCAAAAAUAUUGUAGUUUUUGACAGCCUCAGACUUUGGCCUUCAGGUUCGUGGAUGUCAGUGAGGACAAAUACAUUUAAAGAGAAGCUGGAUUCAGAAACAGUCACUGCUUGAAGCCUUGCUGAUUCACUCUAGUGUUUUAUCACAGAUAUCUUGAAAAUGAAGAUACCUUGUCUACAAGUAAGUGUUGGGUGAUAGAAAUAGUGACACUGCAAAUAUUAAAAUUAUCUAUCAAGAGUUUCUUUCUUCUCCACACAUCUCUAAUAUGGACUUUCUUGGAAGCAUUGAUCAAAUGCUGUAGGUUUGCUGUAGCUCAUGUGUGUUUGGACAGCAGUUGCUGCUGUCAGGUCAUUCCAGCUCAGUUCUGCAAUUUGAGCUGCCCUAGUUUGUUAUUAACUUUACUCUGAAGGACUGAAAUGCGGUUGCUUUGCUGCCACAAGUCAAGUUAUUCAAGUUUUUCUGUUACUUGGCUUGGUGUGUCUGUCAUUUUGAAAAGCAGUGUCAUAACAUGCUGUUUCUUUCACAAACCUCUUAGCUUAGGUAAAGUACUUAGUGUUUUUCUCCCCACAGCAGUACUCUGAUGUGAGUUAACAUCUAAGUCUUGCUUGCUGCUGGACUGUCCUGUAGAGCUGUUCCAUUAUUCAGAGAUCCCAGAUUGGCAGGAAGAAACCAGCUUGGUUGCUGGAAGCCUUCCAUGUGAUCAAACAGUACUUUCAGACAAACUAAUUUUCUAUUAAAUGAAGUUUAAUUUUGAGGUACUUUAGCAGGAACUUUCGAGUGGCUUGGCACCAUGGUAGCUCUUUCCUUGAAGAUCUGUGUCCGUCAGUGCAAUGUGGUGAAGACGAUGCAGUUUGAGCCAUCCACUGCCGUGUACGACGCCUGCCGAGUUAUCCGUGAGCGAGUGCCAGAGGCUCAGACAGGGCAAGCCUCUGACUAUGGAUUAUUCUUGUCAGAUGAUGAUCCUCGAAAAGGUAUAUGGCUGGAGGCUGGAAGGACACUGGAUUACUACAUGCUGAGAAAUGGGGAUAUAUUGGAGUACAAAAAGAAACAGAGACCUCAGAAAAUACGUAUGUUGGAUGGUUCAGUGAAAACAGUCAUGGUGGAUGAUUCUAAAACAGUGGGUGAAUUGCUGGUGACCAUUUGCAGCAGGAUAGGAAUAACAAAUUAUGAGGAAUAUUCAUUAAUCCAGGAGAGCAUCGAAGAGAAGAAAGAGGAGAGUACAGGGACACUUAAGAAAGAUAGGACCCUGUUACGUGAUGAAAGAAAAAUGGAAAAACUCAAGGCAAAGCUUCAUACAGAUGAUGAUUUGAACUGGCUGGAUCACAGCCGCACCUUCCGGGAGCAAGGAGUGGAUGAAAAUGAAACGCUGCUCUUGAGACGAAAGUUCUUUUAUUCCGACCAGAAUGUAGAUUCAAGAGAUCCUGUUCAGCUUAAUUUGCUCUAUGUUCAGGCUCGUGAUGACAUUCUGAAUGGUUCCCAUCCUGUCUCCUUUGAGAAGGCUUGUGAAUUUGGAGGCUUUCAAGCACAGAUUCAGUUUGGACCUCAUGUGGAACACAAACAUAAACCUGGAUUUUUAGACCUGAAAGAAUUCCUGCCUAAAGAAUACACCAAACAAAGAGGGGCUGAAAAGAGAAUAUUUCAGGAGCACAAAAACUGUGGUGAGAUGACAGAAAUAGAAGCCAAAGUGAAGUAUGUGAAGCUGGCGCGUUCCCUGCGCACCUACGGGGUGUCAUUUUUUCUUGUUAAGGAAAAAAUGAAAGGCAAAAACAAGCUGGUUCCUCGUUUGCUGGGGGUCACCAAAGACUCCGUGAUGCGUGUGGAUGAGAAGACCAAGGAGGUGUUGCAGGAAUGGCCACUGACAACUGUGAAACGCUGGGCUGCCUCACCUAAAAGCUUCACUCUGGAUUUUGGUGAAUAUCAGGAAAGCUAUUACUCAGUACAGACCACUGAAGGGGAACAGAUCUCUCAGUUAAUUGCAGGUUACAUUGAUAUCAUCCUAAAGAAGAAACAAAGUAAAGAUAGAUUUGGGCUUGAAGGUGAUGAGGAAUCAACCAUGUUGGAAGAAUCUGUUUCACCUAAGAAGCCCACCAUCCUGCAGCAGCAGUUCAACCGCACCGGGAAGGUGGAGCACGGCUCCGUGGCCCUGCCGGCUGUGAUGCGCUCCGGCUCCAGCGGCCCCGAGACGUUCAACGUUGGCAUCAUGCCUUCUCCUCAGCAGCAAGUCACAACUGGCCAGAUGCACAGAGGACAUAUGCCCCCUCUUACCUCAGCUCAGCAGGCCCUGAUGGGCACCAUCAACACCAGCAUGCACGCGGUCCAGCAGGCACAGGCCGACCUCAGUGAAGUGGACAACCUGCCACCUCUGGGGCAGGACAUGGCCUCAAGAGUAUGGGUUCAGAACAAGGUUGAUGAAUCAAAACAUGAAAUACACUCUCAGGUUGAUGCAAUCACUGCAGGAACUGCAUCUGUUGUUAACCUUACAGCAGGGGACCCAGUUGACACUGAUUACACUGCUGUGGGAUGUGCAAUUACAACCAUCUCCUCCAACCUCACUGAGAUGUCCAAAGGUGUGAAACUGCUUGCUGCUCUCAUGGAUGAUGAAGUUGGAAGUGGAGAAGACCUCCUGAAAGCUGCUCGAACCUUGGCCAGUGCUGUCUCAGACUUACUGAAGGCUGUGCAACCUACUUCAGGAGAGCCUCGCCAGACAGUUCUGACUGCAGCUGGAAGCAUUGGACAAGCCAGUGGGGAGCUCCUGAGACAAAUUGGGGAGAAUGAAACCGAUGAAAGGUUCCAGGAUGUUCUGAUGAGUUUGGCCAAAGCUGUUGCCAACGCUGCUGCCAUGUUGGUGCUGAAGGCCAAGAAUGUAGCACAGGUGGCCGAGGACACGGUCCUGCAGAACAGAGUCAUUGCUGCCGCUACCCAGUGUGCGCUCUCCACUUCCCAGCUCGUGGCUUGCGCUAAGGUGGUGAGUCCCACCAUCAGCUCCCCGGUGUGCCAGGAGCAGCUGAUUGAGGCGGGGAAGCUGGUGGACCGCUCGGUGGAGAACUGCGUGCGGGCGUGCCAGGCUGCCACGGAUGACGGCGAGCUGCUGAAGCAGGUCAGCGCUGCGGCCGGCGUCGUCAGCCAGGCCCUCGGUGACCUUCUGCAGCACGUGCGCCAGUUCGCCAGCCGGGGAGAGCCCAUCGGGCGCUACGACCAGGCCACGGACACCAUCAUGUGUGUCACCGAGAGCAUCUUCAGCUCCAUGGGGGACGCUGGGGAGAUGGUGCGGCAGGCGAGGGUGCUGGCUCAGGCCACCUCGGAUCUCGUCAACGCCAUGAGGUCUGAUGCAGAGGCAGAGAUCGACAUGGAGAACUCCAAGAAGCUUCUGGCUGCUGCAAAGCUCCUGGCAGAUUCCACAGCCCGCAUGGUUGAAGCUGCAAAGGGAGCUGCAGCCAAUCCUGAAAAUGAAGAUCAACAGCAACGUCUGAGAGAAGCAGCAGAGGGACUGCGGGUUGCUACAAAUGCUGCUGCACAGAAUGCCAUCAAGAAGAAAAUUGUCAACAGAUUAGAGAUUGCAGCUAAACAGGCUGCAGCUGCUGCUACUCAGACUAUUGCAGCUUCUCAGAAUGCAGCUGUUUCCAAUAAGAACACAGCAGCCCACCAGCAACUUGUGCAGAGCUGCAAGAAUGUUGCAGACCACAUUCCUCAGCUGGUGCAGGGUGUAAGAGGAAGUCAAGCUCAGGCAGAAGACCUCAGUGCCCAGCUUGCUUUAAUCAAUUCCAGCCAGAAUUUCCUUCAGCCUGGAAGUAAAAUGGUGGCAUCUGCUAAAGCUGCUGUCCCCACAGUGACUGAUCAAGCAGCAGCAAUGCAGCUCAGUCAGUGUGCAAAGAAUCUUGCUACCAGCUUAGCUGAGCUGCGAACUGCCUCCCAGAAGGCUCAUGAAGCUUGUGGCCCAAUGGAAAUUGAUUCUGCUCUGAAUACAGUCCAGACUCUCAAAAAUGAACUGCAAGAUGCGAAGAUGGCAGCUGUGGAUGGACAGUUAAAACCUCUCCCAGGAGAAACUCUUGAGAAAUGCACUCAGGACCUGGGAAGCACAUCCAAAGCAGUUGGCUCUUCAAUGGCCCAGUUGUUAACUUGUGCUGCUCAGGGCAAUGAGCACUACACAGGAGUUGCUGCCAGAGAAACUGCUCAGGCCUUGAAGACUUUGGCUCAGGCAGCACGAGGGGUUGCAGCAUCCACCAGUGACCCUGUGGCAGCCCACGCCAUGCUGGAUUCAGCCAGGGAUGUCAUGGAAGGCUCUGCCAUGCUGAUCCAGGAGGCCAAGCAGGCCCUGGCUGCCCCCGGGGAUGCAGACAGUCAGCAGAGACUGGCCCAGGUGGCAAAAGCAGUGUCUCACUCCUUGAAUAACUGUGUGAAUUGUCUGCCUGGACAAAAGGAUGUGGAUGUGGCCUUAAAGAGUAUUGGGGAAUCCAGCAAGAAGCUCCUUGUUGAUUCGCUACCUCCAAGUUCUAAGUCAUUUCAAGAAGCUCAGAGUGAACUGAACCAGGCAGCAGCAGACCUGAAUCAGUCAGCUGGAGAAGUUGUCCAUGCUACACGGGGCCAAAGUGGGGAGCUGGCUGCAGCCUCUGGCAAAUUCAGUGAUGACUUUGAUGAAUUUCUUGAUGCUGGUAUUGAAAUGGCUGGCCAAGCACAAACUAAAGAGGACCAGAUUCAAGUCAUAGGUAACCUCAAGAGCAUCUCUAUGGCUUCCAGCAAGCUGUUACUGGCUGCCAAGUCUCUGUCUGUUGAUCCCGGAGCUCCUAAUGCCAAGAACCUCUUAGCAGCAGCAGCAAGAGCUGUGACUGAGAGUAUAAACCAGCUCAUCACACUGUGCACCCAACAAGCUCCUGGGCAGAAGGAAUGUGAUAAUGCACUCAGAGAACUGGAGACAGUUAAGGGAAUGCUGGAUAACCCAAAUGAACCUGUGAGCGAUCUCUCAUAUUUUGAUUGCAUUGAGGGCGUAAUGGAAAACUCAAAGGUUCUUGGAGAAUCAAUGGCAGGCAUUUCCCAGAAUGCAAAAACUGGGGAUCUUCUAGUCUUUGGAGAAUGUGUUGGAGUUGCAUCCAAGGCUCUUUGUGGCCUCACAGAGGCAGCAGCUCAGGCUGCUUACCUGGUCGGUAUCUCAGAUCCAAACAGCCAGGCUGGUCAGCAGGGCCUCGUUGACCCAAUUCAGUUUGCCCGUGCCAACCAAGCGAUCCAGAUGGCUUGCCAGAACCUGGUGGAUCCAGCGAGCAGCCCAUCCCAGGUCUUAUCAGCUGCCACCAUCGUGGCCAAACACACAUCUGCUCUGUGCAACGCUUGUCGCAUUGCUUCGUCAAAAACAGCGAAUCCUGUUGCCAAGAGACACUUUGUGCAAUCUGCCAAGGAAGUUGCAAACAGCACUGCUAACCUGGUUAAAACUAUCAAGGCGCUGGAUGGAGAUUUCUCGGAGGAGAACCGCAACAAGUGCAGAAUUGCCACCGCACCUUUAAUAGAGGCUGUGGAAAAUUUGACAGCAUUUGCUUCAAAUCCAGAAUUUGUCAGCAUCCCAGCACAGAUCAGCACUGAGGGAUCACAAGCACAGGAGCCAAUUCUGGUUUCUGCUAGGACAAUGUUGGAGAGCUCAUCUUUAUUGAUCAAAACUGCCCGUUCUCUGGCUAUCAAUCCCAAAGACCCUCCUACAUGGUCUGUACUAGCAGGGCAUUCCCAUACAGUCUCAGAUUCUAUCAAGAGUCUUAUUACUUCUAUCAGGGACAAGGCCCCAGGGCAGCGAGAGUGUGAUUUCUCCAUCGAUGGGAUCAACAGGUGCAUCAGGGACAUUGAGCAGGCCUCGCUCGCUGCUGUGAGCCAGAGCCUGGCCACCAGGGACGACAUCUCCGUGGAGGCUCUACAGGAGCAGCUGACGUCAGUUGUACAGGAAAUUGGCCACCUCAUUGAUCCCAUAGCCACUGCAGCUCGGGGAGAGGCAGCUCAGCUGGGGCACAAGGUAACACAGCUGGCAAGUUACUUCGAACCCCUUGUUUUAGCUGCAGUUGGUGUGGCAUCCAAGACACUGAAUCAUCAGCAACAGAUGACCAUUUUGGACCAGAGCAAGACUCUAGCAGAAUCUGCCUUACAGAUACUGUAUGCUGCCAAAGAAGGGGGAGGGAACCCCAAGGCAUCUCAUACUCACGAUGCCAUCACUGAGGCUGCACAGCUGAUGAAGGAGGCUGUGGAUGACAUCAUGGUCACUUUAAAUGAAGCUGCAAGUGAAGUAGGCAUGGUUGGCGGUAUGGUAGACUCAAUUGCAGAGGCAAUGACCAAGCUGGAUGAAGGUACACCUCCAGAUCCAAAAGGAACUUUUGUUGAUUAUCAGACCACUGUGGUGAAAUAUUCUAAAGCCAUUGCUGUCACAGCACAGGAAAUGAUGACUAAGUCGGUUACUAACCCGGAGGAGCUGGGAGGACUUGCAUCGCAAAUGACCAAUGACUAUGGGCAUUUGGCUCUCCAGGGCCGAAUGGCUGCAGCUACGGCAGAACCAGAGGAGAUCGGGUUCCAGAUCAGGACUCGGGUGCAGGAACUUGGCCAUGGGUGUAUCUUUCUUGUACAAAAAGCUGGAGCUCUCCAGAUUUGCCCUACAGACAGCUACACCAAAAGGGAGUUGAUAGAAUGUGCUCGUGCUGUCACAGAAAAGGUCUCCUUGGUUUUAUCUGCCCUCCAGGCAGGGAACAAAGGCACACAAGCCUGUAUUACUGCAGCCAGCGCUGUGUCUGGGAUAAUUGCAGAUCUGGACACCACUAUCAUGUUUGCUACUGCUGGAACCCUUAAUGCUGAGAACAAUGAAUCGUUUGCAGAUCACAGGGAAAAUAUCCUGAAAACAGCAAAAGCUUUAGUUGAAGACACAAAAUUGUUGGUUUCUGGCGCUGCCUCAAGUCAGGACAAACUGGCCCAAGCAGCUCAGUCAUCAGCUAACACCAUCACUCAGCUUGCUGAGGUAGUAAAAUUGGGAGCAGCUAGCUUGGGAUCUGAUGAUCCUGAAACACAGGUUGUUCUAAUCAAUGCUAUCAAGGAUGUCGCAAAGGCCCUUUCUGAUCUCAUUGGUGCAACCAAAGGAGCUGCCAGCAAACCAGCAGAUGAUCCAUCCAUGUACCAGCUGAAAGGUGCUGCCAAGGUGAUGGUAACAAAUGUCACAUCCCUCUUGAAGACUGUUAAAGCAGUAGAAGAUGAAGCUACUCGAGGGACAAGAGCCCUUGAGGCCACAAUUGAGUACAUCAAACAGGAGCUCACGGUGUUUCAGUCGAGCGAGGUUCCGGAGAAGACAUCAUCACCUGAAGAAUCAAUCCGGAUGACGAAAGGAAUCACCGUGGCAACUGCCAAAGCUGUUGCAGCUGGGAACUCGUGCAGGCAGGAGGAUGUGAUUGCUACAGCGAAUCUGAGCCGCAAAGCAGUAGCUGACAUGCUAACAGCUUGUAAGCAAGCAUCAUAUCACCCAGAUGUGAGUGAAGAAGUUCGGGAGAGAGCCCUGCGCUUCGGAACAGAAUGUACCCUGGGAUACUUGGAACUCCUGGAACAUGUUCUCCUGAUUCUUCAGAAAGCAACUCCAGAGCUAAAGCAUCAGCUGGCCUCUUUCUCCAAGCGGGUUGCAGGUGCUGUCACAGAGCUUAUCCAAUCAGCAGAAGCAAUGAAGGGGACAGAGUGGGUGGAUCCAGAAGACCCAACAGUCAUUGCAGAGACAGAGCUAUUAGGGGCUGCAGCAUCAAUUGAGGCUGCAGCAAAGAAGUUAGAGCAGCUGAAACCAAGAGCCAAGCCCAAGCAAGCAGAUGAGACUCUGGAUUUUGAAGAACAGAUCCUGGAAGCAGCUAAAUCCAUUGCAGCUGCUACCAGUGCCCUUGUGAAGUCAGCUUCAGCAGCCCAGAGGGAACUGGUGGCUCAGGGAAAGGUUGGAGCAAUCCCUGCAAAUGCAGCUGAUGAUGGACAGUGGUCUCAGGGACUUAUUUCUGCUGCCCGAAUGGUGGCAGCUGCAACCAGCAAUCUCUGUGAAGCAGCAAAUGCCUCAGUUCAAGGCCAUGCCAGUGAGGAGAAACUCAUCUCAUCUGCCAAACAAGUUGCAGCUUCUACAGCACAAUUGCUUGUGGCUUGCAAAGUGAAGGCUGAUCAUGACUCUGAAGCCAUGAGGAGGCUACAGGCUGCGGGAAAUGCUGUCAAGCGUGCAUCAGACAAUCUCGUCAGGGCAGCCCAGAAAGCAGCAUUUGGAAAAGCAGAGGAUGACGACGUUGUGGUCAAAACAAAGUUUGUGGGUGGCAUCGCUCAGAUUAUUGCAGCCCAAGAAGAAAUGCUGAAGAAGGAGAGAGAGCUGGAAGAGGCAAGGAAAAAACUGGCUCAGAUCCGCCAACAGCAAUACAAAUUUCUACCCACAGAGCUGAGAGAAGAUGAGGGUUAAAUGUUAACCUGCUGAGAUUUUUCUUCCUUUUUAUUCUUUUGUUUUCUUUUUGUUUUCUCUUUUUUUCUUUUAAAGAAAUAAGCUAAAGGGGGACAGCACAUUGAGAACUGCUCUUGACAGCAUACUGAUAUGCCAAGCACUUAGCUAACUAAAUAAACCGCCUGUCAUAGCUUUGGAUGAGCAGAGGGCAAUAAACACUUGUUCUUCCCCACCUGCUCAGCUGAGGUGCAUGAUGAUCAAAUAAUGGUACAGUGUUAGGUUCAUCAUUCCUGUUCCUCCCUUGAUUUAUAUCUCAGGAGAGAAUGUUUCACUUUUUACUAAAGAUACUAAGUCAGUAUUAUUGUCACUUUCCUGAUGCUUGAGGUAUUUAUCAUUCCUUGACUUGUUCUAAAACAUUAAGUAGGGAAAGAGUCAAGAAAUCUUUCAUAUGAUAAAUAUCACAUGAGCUGGUGGUUGUCCCCCAAGUACCCUUGUAAAAAGAAGACCAAGAUGGAGAAGGAUGUAUAGCUGAGUGGAGAAACACGCACGAGUGUGGGUUUGAAGAAGCCUAUCCUCUUUCAGUGUUAUAUAGCUGGUUCACCCCAAAACUGGAGGAAUUGUCUCUGCAGCUGUUUGCACUACUAGUAUUAUUCCUUACCUGAUACCAACAAGCUUCUGCUUGUACAGUAUUUAGGUUUACAUAAUGUGGCAAUAGCCAUUCUUUAAAGAGCUCAAAAAACAAAGAAAUGGAAACCUUGUCACUGCCUCAAUAAUAGCAGGUUCAUGAAAGAAAAUGCUGUUUCAAUUAUAUACCUCUAAUGUGUGACUACUUUUACAGUAUUAUACACACACACACACAUGCUCUAACAUUGGACUGAAUAGUUUGCAUUUUGUUUUUUAAUUGAAAUUAUCUGGUUCGUACUGUGGUAUUUCUGUUAGAAUGUAUCUCAGUUUAAAAAGGGAAAUGCCCAGUACAACAAAAGACUAUCACGACUCUUGUUAUUAUUUUAAUAAUUACAUUUAUAAUUAUUAUGUUUUGAAGCCUGUGGGAAUUGUAGGAGAAAAGAAUAAGUGAUUUACAAGUAGAUUUACAAUUUUUCCUGUAAUAUAUUUUUUAAAAAUUUGGACUCUAGAGAGUUUGUUUUCAUAGUCGCUAUUGAUGAAAAAGUAUUCACCCAGGAAUUGCAGAGAAGGAAUAGCAGCAGUCUAUCAGCAAUCUUUGUGCAGAAAGGUACAGUGUGCUCUCAGUAUCUCGGUUGUGACCUAAACAAUAGCAAUUUGGGUAGAGGAACAUAUUUUACUAUGUCAAAAAGAGAACACAAAUCACAGCAACUUCAAGUAGCAAAAGCUAAACUAUUUGAAUAACUACAGAAACACCAUCUCUACUAACAGUAGUUUCCAACAUGUCUCCAGCUCCACUCAAGCCCUCCUAACAAUAAUGGCAAGUCUGUUUAGGUCAAAGGAUGUUGCCCCUCCAGUCCUUCGAAGGCUGUGCUGUCCUUAGAUCCAGCCAGGUACGUUAAGCUGAGCCUGACUUGUGUUCUGUGCAUACCCAUCUAGCUGUCCUUGCUGCAGAAAAUACCUGUCUUGUAGACUCCCCAGUAACCCCCUAAUGGUAGGUUCAUCAGUUUAGAUAGUGCUAACUCCUCUUUUAAGUUACCUGCAUGAGACAGAAUUAUCAGAAAUUUUGUUACACUCGUACUAAAUAUAUAGCAAAAAUCUGCUGAAGAAUUAAUAAAUAUUGAAGUGUAAAAAGGUUUUUAUUGUCUCUUCUCUGAUACUGACAUAUUUCAGAUUCUGUAGAGUUGCUGGAAAAUCCAUAAUCAUGAGGAAAAAAACCUGGUGUAUCCCAAAUGGAAUCACUGGCAUUGACAGAUGUGCUGUGAUGUGUAGGCUUGUGUGCAAAUGCAAACCCUGUACUAUCAGAGAUGUGCAAUUCUGAGUUCUUUGACUUGCCACUUGAAGACAGUUUGGGUUUUCGUUCAAUUCACUGUGAAGAGUGUCACAGUCUGGAAUCCUACACCAAGAAAAAGGCUUUCUCUAAGUCUUUGGGCAGAAGGCUAAACUGGUAUUUACUGCUGUAAGACCUAAAUAAAUACUGCUCAAGUGAUGGAAGUGAUGCUGCUGUUGGUAGGUUCAAGUCCUUUGCAGCUUUAUGCCUUUCCUUUUCUUACCUGGAUAGCUUCAGAUUCAGAUCUCCUUCAGAAAGAUCUGCAAGACAGAUUUGCUACUACUUCCCUUUCAACCUGCCUUUAUCUGUUAUUUGAUCUCAUUAAAGCAUGAAGAAAGAUGAUGCUGUCUUUAACACCAUGCCACUGUUUUAUUGUAGGGAUAAUACUGAUGUAAUAUACUUUGGUCAGGAUGGUAUUUGCCAGUUUGAUAUAAGCCAAAAAAACCUUGUCAAAUGCAGCUAUGUAUGGAAAUUAUAUAGCUAGAAAACUUUAUCAGUAGGUAGAAGGUAAGAGCAUGUUCAAAUUGCGUUCCAGAGAAAAGCGUUCGGGGAAGUCCAUUUUAGCACAGCUAUUCUGAAACGUCUCUGUUUCUGAUUUAGUGCCCCCUCUUACAUGACAGAAAGUAUUUUUCCUUAGCUGGGUGCUCCAUAGAGGAACCACAGUCAGGUGAAUAGCUGAGCUGGGCAACUGAAGUAUUUUUUUACUCAGAAUUUUGGGUCUUCAUUUGUGAACCAUUAAGAGAAUAUAAGGUCAUCCAAAGUCUUUCAACUUUUUUCUUGCUGUUCUAAUUUGCAGUAUCGCUGAAGUUCAUAUGUGAACAUCUGUGGAGUUUGGAACUAGUCCAUCCAUUUCUUUGGCAUGGGAACUUGCAGCAGGAAGUGACAAGUUGGAGUAAGGGGUAGAUGCUAAUUAAUAAGAAGGACAGAUGUUUACUUUGUUCUGUUAACUUGUGAAAUGAUGAAUGAGCUCUGUUGUAUCUCACCCUUCUUCAUGUGGAAUUCACUCUGAGACUUGUAUGCAAAUUAAAAACAAAAUGCCUCAAAGUUCUUUGUGUACAAA